CAUUGUGUCCAGACAACACUGGAAAAUUAUGUCAAUUUUUGAGUUACAUAAUUCAAAUUUCUUAACUCACAAAUGGAUCGUUCUAAUAAAAAACUUCGAUACUAUCUAAGAGAUGAAGUUGUCAUACACAAUAAGAAAUGCGACUGUUGGGUUAUUAUCCAUCGAAAGGUGUUCGAUUUGACGGCCUUAAUAAAGGACAGACUAGAUCAUUGGAACACAAAUAUGGAUUAUCUGGUGGCUCAUGCGGGGAAAGAUCUCUCGCAUAUGUUUCACGAGAAUUGCUCACCACGUACAGAGAUUUCUUCGAGAAGUGGCAAACCGAGAGUCCUCUUUCCGCCCAUAUUAGAGGUGGCCAUGAGUGAAUUUGUCAAGACUCCUGGCCUCAUCUGGAGCCAGGAUCCAUGCUAUCAUGUUGGAAUGACCACACGAAGAUCUCGUUUGAUAAGGAUUAUUAAUGCUCUGACAGCCCACUCGCAGUAUAUGACGGUAUGCGAUGAGGACACCAUUUAUGAUAUACAACAGAAAUACAAAGAGCGAUAUAAUCAUCAUGCUGGCAGCUAUGAGUGGCGCAAGUUCUCCCAUGGUGCCAAAAUGUGUGGCCAGUUGAAUCUAAAUGGCACCUUGGAUGAGAAUGGUCUGACAUCGGAUGAGGAAAGUUCCAUAGAACUGCCGCCACCUUCUCUUUGGCUGUACUAUACUGAUGAUAUAACAAUUGCCUGAAUGUUGAUUACAUUUUAUUUUAGGUUCAAGUUGGCAAAAUUAAACGAAUAGUUUGGGGUACAA